GUGGCGGAGGCGCUCGCGGCGAUACGGGCGAGACACCCCGGGGUGGUCGUCGGAAGCGUCACGAAUGGGUUCGGGAGCGCCGCGGGGGCGGGUCUGGGGGAGUUUUUUGACUUUGAAAUAUCCGCCGAGGCUCUGAUCGACGAACACAUGGUGCACGGGGAGAUGGCGAGAAAGCCGAAUGAGUAUCCGUUUCAGCUCGCGCUGGGCAUCGCGAUUGGCGAGCACGGAUACUCGGGCGAUCCCGAGACGUGGACGCACGUCGGUGACGACGUUUUGAACGACUGUUACUGCGCGAAACAGUUUGACUUCAAAACCGUGCACGUUUGGGAUCCGGAGGUGAAGCCGUACGAGAGCGCGGGGGGGGCGCCCACGGCGGAAAAGACGCUUCGCGGAGGCGUCGAGAGCAACAGGGACGCGUACGUCGAUGGUGUCGUUCCGCACGUUCGCGAUCUUCCGAGGCUCUUGGAGGAGUGGUAUCUUUAA